ACGUCUUUGCCUGAUCUCUCUCUCGCAUAUACAGCCUUUAAUCCUUCCCUCGGUCCUUGUCCUUGCUCUUGUCCCUUGCUCUCGAGAUUAUCUGUCUGAGUCCUGUCAGCCGAGAGCGUUUGUCUCUGUAUCUAGAUUUGGUCCUAACCGACUUGGCCUGCCUGCCCAAGACUUCGCAUUUGCGGGGGAUCACGAGAACAUUUGCCCAAAAGGAGUAACAUCAUUUUCAUAUCACUCCAGCAUCCAAUAAGCACCGCACUAUUUCCAUUAGUCUCUUCUUUCCUACUACUCUUAUUUUUAUUCUGCUGUAUUCUAUUCUGCUCUAUUCUAUUGCGCUACACGCUUCUUCUUUGUAUUACGCGCACUGUAUCACUUCCUAUCUCUCACAAUGCCCUAUCCAACCACGGCCACCAACCGCGCACUCGCCCUGCCCGAAAUCGUCUUCGAGAUCUUGGCCUGUCUCGAAGCCCAGGCCGACCUCUGUCCCCAGCUCGUCCAGUCCUCCCUGCGUGCCUGCACCCUCGUUAACCGCACCUGGUUCUUCGACGCCAACAUCUUCCUCUACCGCGCCCCCUACAUUCGCCACGGCCGCGGCUCCGAGGCCAAAAUCAGUGCCCUCAUCCGUACCCUGGACACCACCAACCGUGGUCUCUAUGUCCGCUCGCUCUCUCGCUGCAAGGUCGAGCUCUGGGAGAUGUUCCCCUCGCUCGACAAGCUCUUCGAUCCUUGUCCCCGUAUCUCCUCCCUCGCCCUGUGCUUCCGCUCCGGCGAGAAGGGCCAUCUGAUGGAGUCCUUCGAGACCCAGGCUUUCCGCUCACUCAACCCGAUCAUUGCCCAGGGCAUGGCCCAUGUCCAGGAACUCGACCUGACCAGCGUUUCCGUCAAUGCCGUCGACAAGGAUGACACCGCCUAUGUGGAUGCAGCCCUUAAUUGCAUCAGCACCUGCACACGUCUCCAAAAGUUGGUGACCACGCGCGCCGACUGGAGCAACAUCAAGUCCAUCUCGCGACAUUUGACGGACCUGAGCAUCUCCUUUGUGGCCCCUCCGGAUCUCAAGACUAGCGUCGCAUUGGCUCCGUCUCUGGUCAACCUGACCAGCCUCCAUCUGCAUCAUGCGCCGCAAGCGUUGCCCGCCCAUGCCUUUUCACGCGUCUUGGCCCAGUACUGUCGCUCGCUGGUCAAGCUGGACCUCUGCCCCGAGGCCAUCACCAGCCGUUCGCUCGAGAUGAUGGUCUUGCGCAACCCGGGUCUGGUCUCGAUCCAUCUGCGAAACUGCCCGGACAGCUACACGGCCGCAGUUCUGGAGUACCCGCCUCAGGAGCUCGAAUUCUUUGACAUGGGCACUGUGGACUCGCAGCUGAUCCUGAAGGCGCUUUCGCUCUGUCCCAAACUGACCUCGACCGGCAAGUCGGCCCCGAGGAACAAUAACACGGCAGAAUUUUGGCAGAGCUUUCUGGAACGAGCUCGUCAGAUUCAGGAGCUGCAUGUGGAACGCUGGUCCGACUUUCACAGCAAGGACCUCUUUUUUGACACCGUUCUGCCUAAACUCGGCCCACAGCUGGUCCGAAUCUGGUUCGGCUGGCGAGAUCUCUUGGGAUGCGACGAACUCGAGCGCGUGCUCACCUCCUGCGACCGACUCCAGGUUCUCCGUGCCCCUGUCAAGGGCAAUGGCCAGAACCUAGUCCGUUGCUUCAAGUGCGUCGCUACACGCUCGCGACUCCGUGAGGUGCGUCUCUUUGGCGACAAUGUCAAGUUCUGCGAUGACGACAAGCGACGAAUGCAGCGCUUCCUGCCUGUGCUCUGCAGCUUCACCACCUAGGCUGCCACUCACUAUAAGGACCAUGGACGAGCAUACAAUGCCUCUCGGUCUCUCAGUCAUACAACCAGGACGUUUUGUAACCUUUCUCUUUUUUUUUUUGGGGGGGGGGGUAUUUUCUUUCCUUUUUUCUUUUUGAUUCAUCUGUACAUAUGAACACGCCUUCCCGAAAUGUCCACUUUUUCAAACGACUCUUCUCAUCAUACAUCUUUAGCGCCUUUUUGUAUUAUUUUUUUGUAAGGCGAAGGAGAUGAUGUUGUGAACUGGCGGUGGACUUUUUUUUUAA